CUACAGAGAGAGCCAGAAUUAUAGAGAGGGAGAGAUGGCGAUGGAAUGGAGUUUGAAGAGUGGGGAAUACUUAGGAGAUAUCUCAGCUCUCUGUUUUGUUCCUCUUCCUCCUCACUUGUCUUCAUUCCCUUUUCUUCUUGCUGGCACUGGUUCGGAGAUACUACUAUACAAUGUACAAGAAGGGAAACUAUUGGGUUCUUUUCAUGUUUUUGAAGGAAUUCGUGUUCAUGGGAUUGGUUGCUCUCCUGAAUUUACUUCAAUUCAUGGUGUUGUUAAUGAAGGGUUAUCUUCAUCCCUUAUUUUUAAAAUUGUCGUGUUUGGAGAAAGGAAGGUCAAAUUGUUUCGGCUGCAAUUAGGUUUAAAUUUAGGAUGUGAUGAAUUUCAGCUGAAUGCAUGUAAAAUAGAGUUGGAACUGAUUAAUCUACUGCCCAAAUUUGGUCACUGGGUAUUGGAUGUUUGUUUCUUAAAGGAGGACAAAGUCACUUCUGAAAGUAAUGGAAGUAGUUAUCUUGCAGUAGGAAUAAGCAACAAUUCGGUUUGCCUAUGGGAUAUGUUGAAAUCUACUAUAGUUCUGGAAGUCAGCUAUCCAGAAAGAACACUUCUAUACUCAAUGCGUUUAUGGGGUGAUAGUGUCAAAGCUCUUCGUGUGGCAUCUGGUACUAUCUAUAAUGAGGUCAUUGUUUGGAAAUUGCUUCCUCAGGAUCACACCUCAUUAUAUUCGGAUUCAAUGAAAGAACCUGAAAUGGUGAGCAUCUCAUCGUGCAGCAAUACCAAAUUUAAUGAUCAGCAAUAUGCAGCUACCUGUAUGAGUAAACUUGCUGGACAUGAAGGUUCGAUCUUUCGUAUAGCAUGGUCUUCUGAUGGGUUGAAAUUGAUGUCUGUAUCUGAUGAUCGUAGUGCUCGUUUAUGGACAGUUGAUCCUGAUGGGAUAUAUUCUGAUGAUCAUAUAGUUGUUUCUGGCUCCGAUUCAUCUAGUGUGAUACUAUUUGGCCACAAUGCUAGGAUUUGGGACUGUUUCUUUGCUGAUUCUUUAAUUGUCACUGUUGGAGAGGAUUGUACCUGCCGUUUGUGGAGUUUGGACGGGAAGGAGCUCAUGAUGAUCAAGGAACAUGUAGGUAGAGGCAUAUGGCGAUGUGCGUAUGAUCCAACCUCUUCACUUUUGAUCACUGCUGGGUUUGAUUCUGCAGUGAAAGUCCAUCUGCUGAAUGCUUCUUAUCCCCAUGGUUCGAACGUCAGGAAUGGAGCAUCAGAGGACUUCAACAGUAGGAAAGAGAUUUUUACCAUCUCUGCUCCAAGUUUUUCAGAUCAAUAUGGCCUCACAGAUAGCAAAAGUGAAUACGUACGUUGUUUGCAUUUCCCUCGAGAAGAUACACUCUAUGUUGCAACCAAUCAUGGGUAUCUACACCAUGUUCAACUUACCGACCCUGGGAAUGUGAGAUGGACUAACCUUCUCCGAGUUAGCGUAGAAGGCCCAAUUGUAUGUAUGGAUAUACUGCCUGAAAAGGCAAACGAUCUCUCUAUGAAAAUUCAAGAUUGGAUUGCUGUUGGAGAUGGGAAGGGAAAUGUGACAAUUAUUAGCGUUCAUGCCGGUGUUGGUACUCCUAAAGUGGCCCUCCUUUUCACUUGGUCAGCGGGACUGGAGAGACAACUCUUAGGAACUUAUUGGUGCCAAUCACUGGGACACAGAUACGUAUUCACUGCUGAUCCGAGAGGGAUAUUAAAGUUAUGGAGAAUAGUUGAUCCUUCAUUAUCUAACGACGGUGAGAUCAUUCAGAACAAAAAGGCAUCUCUACUCGCAGAAUUCAAGUCAAGUUUUGGUACACGAAUAUUGUGUUUGGAUGCAAAGCCUGAUGAAGAGGUAUUGGUAUGUGGGGAUCAACGUGGAAAUCUUCUUGUGUUCCCUUUCUCAAAGAGUUUGCUACUUGAUACUUCUAUUGCUUCAGAAGUGAAUAUCUCUCCACUAAAUCAUUUCAAGGGGGCUCAUGGUAUAUCUAGUGUUGCCAGCAUGGUGAUUGCUAAAUCUAGUUUUAACCAAGUGCAAAUACGCUCGAAUGGAGCAGAUGGGUGCAUCUGCCAUUUUAAAUAUGACAGGGACUGGAAGACUUUAGAAUUUACAGGGAUGAAGCAAGUAAAAGAAUUAAGUUUAAUUCAAUCUGUCUCUGCUGAUCCCAACUCCGACGAGGACCUUUCUGGUGGUAAUUACGCAAUAGGUUUUGCCUCAGCAGAUUUUAUAGUAUGGAACUUGGUAAACGAGACAAAGGUGACUCAAAUUCCGUGUGGUGGAUGGCGCCGUCCUCAUUCGUAUUAUCUUGGUGAUGUACCAGAAAUUCACAACUGCUUUGCCUAUGUCAAAGAUCAAACAAUUCAUAUUCAUAGACUUUGGUUACCUACCAGCAAGCUAUUUCCUAGCAUUCUGCAUAUGCAGUAUCAUGGGAGAGAGAUACAUUCCUUGUGUUUUGUCUCUCAUGUAUCAGAAACAUACACAAAUGGAAGCAGCAAUCACUCAAAUAGAUUGAGCUGCAUUGCUACAGGUUGUGAAGAUGGAACAGUCAGACUGACAAGGUACACUCCUGAUUCUGAAUGUCUGUUUCCAUCGAAGUUGUUAGGAGAACAUGUAGGGAGUUCGGCAGUGAGGUCUAUUAGUUUUGUGUCAAAGAUAUACUCUGCAGCAGUAGAUCAGACCCACAUGACUCAGGAGUGCAGAUCCAGUGUAGAUGACAGGGAUAAUCAGUUGUUGCUCAUAUCAGUUGGUGCAAAGCGGGUCUUAACUUCUUGGCUUCUUCAGAAUGGAUCUGCAGACAAGGAAAAAACACUUGUCAAUGACCUGCUAGUGAAAGCUGAAAAUAGAUCUAAACCUCAGUCAAAAACAUUCUCUUCGAUGUCGUUCCAGUGGCUGUCAACCGACAUGCCAUCAAGGUUUUCCAGUACACACAAAGGAGGUAAAGGCCCUCAGGGAUCUGUUGAAGUUGGGGAAAAUGCGUCUAAUAAUGGAUCUGGUGCCCCAUCUGGGUCUCUUUUUUCUGAAAAUUGUGAGUUGGAGGUUAGAUCUGACAUCUUGGAUAAAAAUGAAAAUGACUGGAGAUACAUGGCUGUUACUGCAUUUCUUGUUAAAGGUGCAGAUUGCAGGUUGACAGUUUGUUUCAUUGUGGUUGCUUGUUCUGAUACCGCACUUACUUUAAGGGCUCUUCUUUUGCCUUAUCGCCUCUGGUUUGAUGUUGCAGUGUUGGUUCCGCAAACAUCACCUGUCCUGGCUUUGCAGCAUGUUGUAGUUCCUAUCCAUACCUCUUCUAAACAUACACUCCCAAUGAGAAAUGCAUAUAUCGUAGUCAGUGGAUCGACCGAUGGAAAUGUUACCUUCUGGGAUCUGACUGGAAGUGUAGAAGGUUUUAUGCAGCGUGUCUCAAAACUUCAACCUGAAAAGUUUAUCGACUCUCAAAAACGACCCCGAACAGGAAGAGGAAGUCAAGGGGGGCGAUGGUGGAGGUCAUUAGGAAAUGAAUCGUCUAAAACAAUUCCGAAGUGUACAAUGGACACAGUAAACGCCACCUCAGAGGCGACUAAUGGCCAUAGUACGGGCACCAAUGAGGCAAGUGCAGCCUCAUCAGAGCUUGGAAGUGAUCCCGUAAACAGUGCACCAGUAUCUCUUCAAUCCGUGGAUGCUACUACCCUCACUAGUAUAGCACACACGGAUAAUUCACUCUCCAACAUCUAUGAAGUUCCACCCUUUCAUGUUCUGAAGAAGGUCCAUCAAUCUGGUGUCAAUUGUCUUCACCUUUCGCAUAUCAAUGAUUCCCAGAAUUCUGAAUGUGCAUCUGCUUAUUGUGUCUUGAGUGGGGGAGAUGAUCAAGCACUCCAUUGUCUUACCUUUACACUGGCAAUGCCACAUACAGACUGUGCUUCAGAAAGUAACAAAUACUCCGGCAGCACAAACAAUGUUAUGGACCGGGGAUAUAGAAUUAAAAUCCUGUCUCGUGACAGUAUUGCUUCUUCUCAUACCUCUGCCGUGAAAGGUGUUUGGACAGAUGGUACUUGGUCAUUCACCACUGGUCUUGAUCAGCGAGUCAGGUGCUGGCAUUGCAAUGGUCAGGGGAAACUUACUGAGCAUGGACAUGUGGUCCUUAGUGUCCCAGAACCAGAAACUCUUGAUGCAGUAGCUUCUGGCAGAAAUGAAUAUCAGAUUGCAGUAGCUGGAAGGGGGAUGCAGAUGGUUAAGUUCUCUGCAUCUUGUUAAAAUGGAGUGUCGAGGGUGACCUGUAUUCUGAUGGGUUUCAAUGCUUCUAAGUUUUAAGUAAGAGUUUGAAGCAACACUAUUAUUCCUAACAGCAAUGACUAGGCUUCAUGUAACAGCAAUGACUAGGCUUCAUGUAAGGUAGGCAUGCUUCCAUGGCAUACCGAAAACAUAUGUAGCAAUUUUUUAACACAACUUAAUUUGAGUGCUUUGUCGGGUUGAAGAAGCACACUAUGGUUGAAGUUCUGUAACCUUGUGUCUAUGCAGAUGUUGUACAAACUUCCUGACUCUCAGCUUAACAAUUAUGCUAGGUCAGAUCGAAUUAGUGUUUCACCUGA